UCUUGGUCUUCGGUUCUCACAUUUUGAAAUUAUUAUCGUCAACUUCGGGGUUUUUAACUUUGUCGUCUUCGUGCUCACUGCUCCCAGAAAUCCGAGGGAAAAUGGGCAGAAAAUUCUUCGUCGGCGGCAACUGGAAAUGUAACGGAACAACCGAGGAGGUGAAGAAAAUCAUCGCAGUAUUGAAUGGUGCUCAAGUUCCUUCAGGAGAUGUUGUAGAUGUUGUUGUGAGUCCACCUUUCGUGUUUCUUCCUCUGGUCCAGAGUUUGUUGCGAUCUGAUUUUCAUGUUGCAGCUCAGAACUGUUGGGUUCACAAGGGCGGUGCUUUUACUGGAGAAGUUAGUGCUGAGAUGCUUGCCAAUUUGGGAGUUCCAUGGGUGAUUAUUGGCCAUUCUGAAAGAAGACUUAUUUUGAACGAGUCGAGUGAGUUUAUUGGAGAUAAAGUUGCAUAUGCCCUUUCUCAAGGACUUAAAGUUAUUGCUUGUGUUGGAGAGACUCUUGAGCAAAGGGAAUCAGGAUCAACAAUUGAUGUUGUUUAUGCACAAACUAAGGCAAUUGCAGAUAAAAUCUCCAGCUGGGACAAUGUUGUUUUGGCAUACGAGCCGGUUUGGGCAAUUGGAACAGGCGAAGUUGCAACUCCUGCUCAGGCUCAGGAAGUUCAUCAUCAAUUAAGGAAAUGGCUUCACAGAAAUGUUAGUGCUGAAGUUGCUCAAUCUGUUAGAAUUAUAUAUGGAGGUUCUGUAAAUGGUUCAAACUGCAAAGAGUUGGCCGGACUACCUGAUUUGGACGGAUUUUUGGUCGGUGGAGCUUCACUAAAGCCGGAGUUCGUGGAUAUUAUCAACUCUUCGUUGUGAAGAAAACAGCUCAAACAUCUUGACAAGGGCGAGACAUAAAUAAUGGUUCUUCUAUUUUUGUUAAACUAAUUUGAGGUACUCACUAGUUAUGUAAGAGAAGCAUUGUUUGCUUGAGAAAUUUGAAGUUCCUGUUUGGAAAUUGAUUUCUUUUCAUGCUCUUGAAAUAAGGAAAUUUUGUUGUGGAUACUCAGAACACAUGAGUGAUAAUCCACAAUUUGAGAACAAUUUUUCAGAUCUAUAAAAAUGACCAGAUUCUUGAGGUUA